CUUGGACUAACGUUGCUCACUUACAACCGACACAAGUGGUAAGAGCUAUGUCUCCAGAGGAUGAGCUCCAAAGUCCCCCUCUUGGUUUCAGCUCUACCAGGGAGGAUGUCACUCUGAGCUGUGGUGAUUUAGCUAGCUCUCAUGAGCUGGGGAGAAGGAGCAGAGAACGCAGCAUCCUCCACACAGAAACCCCAGAGGCUGACAUCAAUUGUUAUAAAGACGUUGGCUAUGGAAAAAGUCCUUUCCUGAAAACACUGAUGGAUGCAGAAGCAGCUGCCAACGCUGCUGCCAUACAACUUGUGUCGUUUAAAGAUGCAAUGGAAGAUGAAUUUGCUGAUUCGAGACAUUUUGCCAUUGAUAAGCGCAGAAUUGCAAGGCAAAGAGGACUUUUGCUGGAGAAGUUGGAAGAUUUUAGACGAAUAAAUAAGUCUGUUCGACAGAAACUGAAAAAGCUCCAAGAUGUAGAGACUGAUCAUAUUGAUGCCAAGCACCAAACUGACAUCUUAUUGAAGAAGAUCACACAGGCUGAGAGUGAAAAUGAGCAUUUAAAAAGAGAUUUGAGUGAGACAGAAAGAAAAGUUGAGGAACUGAUGGAUCUGCGGAGAGACGAGCAGGAGAACAUUAAGAGUGCAGUUCACAUGACCAAGUCUGUGGAGGCGACUCGUGCUCACCUGCAGGGGCAGCUUCGCAACAAGGAAGCCGAAAACAAUCGUCUGACCGUACAGCUACGGACUGUGGAGAGAACCCUGAUCGAGCAAAAGAUGGAGAUUGAUGAUUUGAAAGGCUCCAUCACCUCAAUGACUGAGAAGGCAGCACAGGACAAAGAAUGUCUCAAGAAAGCCACCCGAGCACAGAAAUUGAGAGCUGAGAGAUUUGAAGCCGCUAUUGAGACAUGCUACGCACAGUUGAGGGAAAAGGAUGCUGAGCUGGCCAACGCCCGCUUAGAAAGAGACUCCAGGAGACGGCAAAAAGAGCGAGAGAAGGAUGAGAAAGACAAACUUGUAGCUCAUAUAGAGUUUUUAAAAAGUCAAAUUGUGGAGAUGACAGCGAGGCUGCAGAAGGAAAAGGACGAGCUCACCGCUGCUAAUGAAAGUGUGAUGCAACGGCUUGAAAGACUCAGCGCUGAAAACAGAGACCUUAACGUCAAUAAUGCAACACUCAAGGUAUCCAUUGCUCAGUUUGAGCAGCAGCUAGCUGACUGUGAGUCCGCCCUGACAGAGGAAAAGGUUGUGUCUCAGGAGAGGAAACAUCAGGCUGAACAGUGCCAAAAUCAGGUUGCAGAGUUUCAAGCUGAGUUAGAUGAUCUGAGGACAAAAUAUGCAAAUAUUUUAAGGGAGACAGAGAAGACACGAGAUGGAAAAGAUACAGAAGUUGAGAAGGUGAGACAGGAGCUGCAGGGGCGUGUGGACGAACUGAAGUCUCACCCUGAGUUACUGAGUGCAGCUGAGCAGAAUCUCUUUGAGUGCCAGGAGAACCUGCGACGCUCGGAGAGGAUGUGCUCAGAAAAGUCAGAGUCCGUUAGGCAACUGCAGGUUAAGAUGCAAGUUCAGACCAAAUUGUUGAGAUCAUCUGUGGAGAUGAAGGAGUCCAUCCAUGAGGCCAAUUUACAAAUACAGGAGAAAGUGAAUUUUCUCCAAAAGAAGAUGGAUGAGCUGCAGCUGGAGAACCUGGAGCUGGUACGGAAGCUUGCAGCACAGGAGGACGGUCUGAGCUACAGUGACCGGCAGCUGGAGCAGCGCUCGUCAGACUGCCGGGCCCUCAGCCGGCAGCUGGAGGCAGCUUUAUCAGACGUCAAACAACAGGUCGACAAGGUAAAAAACAAGGCUGUUGCCAGAGAAGAGGCUCUUCAGACCAAAAUCUUGGAGCUGGCAGCAGACAAGAGCAGAAAGGAUAAUGAGCUGAGGCUCCUUUGCCAGAGCAAGCUCACCGCAGAGAAACAGUUUGAGGUGCGUCUGAAGGACCUGCAGCUCAGCCUGGACCAAUCAGAGAGCAACAAGCAAAGCAUUCAGAACUACAUUGAUUUUCUCAAAAACUCUUAUAGGACAAUGUUUGAUGAGGGAUUGCAAACAUCAACUUUUGGAUCAUCAUAUUUUCUAAAAUGAUAAUGGAUUUAUUUGUAUUCAUUUAUUUAAUUUUUGUGAAAUGUAAUACUUAUAUCGGCUAUUUAAUAAAAGGAACGGAGGCAAUAAUUUAUUGACGCGCUAGUUAGCUAACUAUAAUCUGGAGAAUAGACUCCCUCCCCAAAAGAACUCUUGGUGCUGCAGCGUCUUAUUAUUAUUAUUAUUAUUAUUAUUAUUAAGUCUAUCUACUUGUUGUUAUAGCAACAUGUGUGAUGAGCUGUGAGUUGGUAACCUAAGAUUUGCGGCUUUUCUGUUUUUUUUUUCACUUUAAUUUGAAGACAUUUUGGUUUUGGUAAGAUAAAACAAUCUUAAGAUGUUACAUUGGUAUCUGAGUAACUGUAAAGCAUGUCUUCACUAUUUUCUUAUGUGUCAUAGUCCAAAAUAAUCAAUCAGAAACAUAAAAAGGGUUUCCAGCUGGAGAAAAGUAAUACGCCACUAGGUGGAAGUGUUUUGUUAGCCAGUCUUUCUUUCUGUCAAGUAUCUCAUUUUACCCACAAUGCACUGUGCAUCAGCCUUACGUACCUGCUAAAUGAGAACUAUUUGACAUAAAAACGUUCAUUGUCUAAUGGAAGUUUAAGAUUAGGUCUAUGUUUGUGAAACUAGCUCCAGAACAAAUUGUUAGCUAUAUUUUGAAGCUGUACCUACACCUUAAAGCAACUGUUAAUCAACACAAGUGGUGCUUGAAAACCAAAUAUUAGUGGGGGCAUAUGUCCCUGCUACGUAAACCAUGUUUCCAUCAUAAAAUAUACUCCAACUUUGUUCCCAGACAAGCCUUCAUCAUUUUUCUAUCGUGUCUGAUAUGAUGGGAAAUUUGGAGCCCCGACACUCAAAAUGUUACUCUUACUGUUAUCCUGCUGAUCCUGAGAUUAAACAGACACACUUUUCAGUUUUUGUUUUAAUAAAGUCAUAAUAUAUUGAAUGUGUUUGUGUUCUGACUUUCAGCUGGAAUGAGAUGAACGAUGCAGAAAAUCAAUUAUGUAGCUGCCAGUUCAGUUGUUAAGCUCAUGCCUUCCGGGCUUCAAACAUGAUUACUGAAAUGCAUGUAACACUGGGACAUUUCCAAACCACUUUAAAAUCUGUUGCUGGUUUGAUCUCAUGCUUUUGUAAUGGAACUUUUUAUAUUAUUGAGGCGUAGAAGCACACACAAGAACACAGGUACCUGCUGCAGUAUGAUUUACCUAAAAACUGAACUAUUUCUUGUACUGUACCCAUACUGUAUCUACAACUACUAUACCUGA